AUGUCGUCAUCAGAAGAAGCACAAGCCCUAGGCCGCUCGGAAUUUUGGGACGAACGCUACGCCAAAGCAGACAGCGACAAGCCCACACACGAGUGGUUCCGCGGCUUCUCCGCGCUCGAACCCUUCUUCGACAAACACCUCUUCCAAGCGCGAGGUAAUGAAGGAAAAUCUGGCAGGAUAUUACAUCUGGGCAGUGGAGAUAGUACCGUCCCCUAUGACUUGCUCGAACGAGGAUAUACGCAUCAAACAUGUGUAGACUUUUCCAAGGUUGUGGUAGAGCUGAUGGCGGCGCGGCAUAGCGAUAGACCGCAAGUUGAGUGGAAAGUCGGCGAUGUAAGAGAUAUGGUUGACAUUGAGGCCAAGUCGAUUGAUGUGGCGUUCGACAAGGGCACGUUGGAUGCGAUGAUUUAUGGGAGUCCGUGGAGUCCGCCGGAUGAGGUGUUGGAGAAUAGUGGGAGGUACAUGAAAGAGGUUCAGAGAGUGUUGAAAGAUGAUGGGGUGUUUCUUUAUGUCACGUAUAGACAGCCGCAUUUCAUUAAGCCGAUCUUGAAUCGGGAUAGUGAGUGGGAGAUGGAGAUGGAGGUUAUGGGAGGAGGAGAUAGCUUUGAGUAUUUUGGGUUUAUACUCAAGAAGCACGCGGCACUGCUGUCCGUGCCAAAUGAAAUCACAUUAGCAGCGGCAAAUUCCAAUGUCAACUUCUCUCUUAUGAAAUUCGAGGCUCCGCCGGAGUUCCAUGGUCUGCGGGAUGCGUUGUCCCGCACGCGACGCCACGAGGCUGAAGAGGGCAUGCCGCAUAUCACAGCACGAUGCCUUGGGGCACUUUUUGAAACGAUCAUACCUCAAAUUCCACGGAUUACAGUCGCAUAUGGGACACGCGUUUCUGAGAUCUGUGCCCAAUUACAACUGAAAACACAGCCAACGGGAAUGUUUGCCGACCAAGCUGGAGCUGAUGGCACAUCAAUUUGGGCUGCAGCUACUUCUGGGCAGCAUGCAAUUGCUAUGCAUCUACUCUCGUGCAUGUUGGCUCGGAUCUGGAAGCCAGCUGAAGCAACAUCUUUGUGGGUCGAACUGGUCGAACGACGUAAGCAGGAGAUUUUCAAGGAUUACAACUCCUCCAGCGCGACUGGCAUAUCUGCAAUAAUGGCAGCGCAACAAUUGUUCAACCGCGAGCAACUCUCGGCAUGGGAUGCGAGCGCCAGGUCUUGGUUACAGACUGCAGAUACAACGAAGCGCUUUCAACAAACGCAACUCAUGCUUAUCAUCAAUAACGUUCGUAUGCCUGUCAACACAAGCAAAGACCCCUACGAUUCAAUCAUCUCAGCCUGGAAGUCUGGUCUAAGUGCCAUGGAGAGUCUCCUCCAGGGUGCAUCUCAACGAGUGCAAGACGGUGCGAUCCUUCUAGCGAUUUCCUCCUGGCACCUUUACCCGAACAUGCAGGUUCUCUCCGAUCUUGUCAAAGAUAUUGAUAUGUCCGACGAUCUAAUGACUCAUUCCAUACUUACUAUAUCCACCUCCGGUACAAGCGAUAGCCGGGAUGGCGUGUUCUGGUCGUUGCCACUGUCACGAAUGAGAUAUUACUCACCCGCUCUCGUUUCUGAACGCACCCCUUCGCAUCCGACACAUCCCGAAUAA